AUGCAAAAAUCUCCGGAAAAGGCAUCUUCAACAGCAAAUGUCGCUAACAUCGCGGCUCCAGCACGUUCAGACUUAGCCUAUACCACCGGUCUUAUUCCGCCUCCUCCUGCUCCCGUUCCCUUGCCUCCUCAAAUGGCUAACCUUGUGUCUGCAAGUCCGAUUGUCACCCCUACUCUUUUUUCUCCUUCUACCCUUACUCCUCUAGUUGACCCGAAUGACUAUUCUAUGUAUCCCAAGCCUCAGCAACCUCCUCAAGUUACGCCUUCCGCCGCUACUUUUGCAGUACCAACCGAUGACCGCUCAUCUAUCUUUCAGAAUGCCAGUGACACCGUGAUUUCGAAAGGUUUAAUGCAGGCUUCCACCCCUCAACUGUAUAAUCCUUCAAAGUAUCUGCCGCUGCAGGAUACUCUACGAAAUUACCCUCCAGCUCAAGCAGUGAGUACGAGUAUCCAGCUUCCAGGCAUGCCACCUCUAAACGUACCGAUGCCAGAACUUCCAGGUUUGGGACAAUGA